AAGCCCCGCGAAUAGUGACGACCACACGAAUGCCUGUUAUUAAAAACAAGUAAACACGAUUUAUUUUUGCAUUGUAGGAUAUUUAGACUUUAUUCAGCGUGUGUGUCAUUGUUCAGAGAUGGAAACCUUCAUAUGUGAGCGGAGCAUUUUUGUCUUUUUGUCCUUAAUUAGCCCUGACAGAUGUAACUGUUAGUGCCUCGGUACAGUUGGUCGGCAGCACGGACCUCAGUAGCAAAAACAGUUUAAAUACAACAUUAACUGAGCUUAGGAUAGUUACAUUUAAUAAAAGAAGACAUUGUAACAGUGGAGGUAUGCAUAGGCGAGAAGGUGAAGGAUGUCCCCGGAAAAAUGCUGAUGCAGCACAGGAUCAUGAUGUUAGUGCCAACCCAUCCUCACCUGUCAUUGCUGCUUUCAAAGUUUUCCAACAGGAGCUUGACACAAAACACGACAAAUAUGAGCGUCUUGUUAAGAUCAGUCGAGACGUCACCAUCGAAAGCAAGAGGACCAUUUUUCUUUUACAUCGAGUGACCAGUGUACCCAAUGCAGAGGAUAUUCUGAAUGAAGCAGACGUGAAACUGGACGCAGUCAGGCAGAAAAUUGGUCAAAUUGCUGAAGAGCUCAGAGGAGAGGACAUCUUUCAGUUUCACAGAGCUUUCACGCCAGGGAUCCAGGAGUAUGUGGAGGCUGUCUCUUUCCUGCACUAUAUCCGUCAUCGCAGCCUUAUCAGCCUGGAGGAGAUCAACGCCAGACUGGUGUUCAUGAGAACGGAGAAGGUAGAUCCUAAGGGCUCAACAGAAGCUCUGCAGCCGGGAGGUCAGGUCCUGACCUUCCAGGUGACGCCCUCAGACUACCUGCUCGGCGUGGCCGACCUGACCGGAGAGCUGAUGCGGCUGUGUAUCAGCAGCGUGGGCAACGGCGACAUUGACACGCCCUUCCAGCUGAGCCAGUUCCUGCGGCAGAUCCACGACGGCUUCUCCUACAUCGGAAACACGGGCCCGUACGAGGUGUCCAAGAAGCUGCACACGCUGCGACAGAGCCUGGGCAAAGUGGAGGAUGCCUGCUACGCCUUGCGCGUCCGCGGUUCAGAAAUCCCCAAACACAUGUUGGCGGAUGUGUUUUCCAGUAGGACCACACUCAUCGACCCUGAGGAGGGAGUGGUUUGAGUCCCGCACAGUUUCAGAAUCAUUGUUCGGUUCUCUAUGGUGUCAUUGUCUUCUUUAGUUUGCUCCAGUUUCAUGUUUGUGUGUUUUAAACGGAAUUUGACAGAUGUUUGAUAUGGUUCGUGACAUGCCUGUUACUUUUGUUUUUAUUAUUACAAUAAAAACAGUGUUACAAUAGACAAUGGAUUUUUUUGUCUUUGAUAAAGAUCUGAUGACUUAAGUUGUUUUGCAUGAAUAAAAGUCCUGUGCCAAAUA